CUUACCCCUUUCUUCCUCUUUCACGUCACAUUCUCUCUCUAAACUCUUUCAACUUCACUCUCUCUCUCUCUUCCUCUUUCUACAAGUUCGCCCAAAUUAAUCCCAAAUUAUCACAUUCUUCAUCAAAUUCUUCAUGGAUUUCGAUCAAAUUCAUGCUAUUUUACAUCAUAUAAUCGAUUUUCUUCACCGAUUUUUCCAGAUUCUGUGUUUAUUCAAAGCAGAAUCUGGUUCAUCAGCUUCUGGAUCAGAUCAUAUAGCCAUGAUGGAGGAUUACAUGAAGAAAGUACUAGCGGAAGAGAGGAAAAGACCCUCAAACAAUCACGAGAUGAAAUGCCUCCCCCAGCUUCUGUUCAAGUUCAAGGUUAAUUUCUAUAUUUUUGGAAGGAAAAUAGAAAUUAGCUUCACUAUUACUAUGCGGAAAAACAACAGGAUGUCAUUAAUGCAAUGGGAUCUCUAUAGACAGCAACACUUUUCAUCGGAAUUACCAAUUCUGCCGCAGUUAUGCCUGUUGUUUCCACUGAAAGAUUUGUUUCCUACAGAGAGAGAGAGCUGCAGGGAUGUAUUCAGCUCUACCAUUUGCCUUUGCACAAGUUUCUCUUCCUACUUUCUUUGUCUUUUAUUUGAUACCAAAAAGAGAACCGGAAUCAUUGAUCUAUAUACGCAUUCAAAUUGCACGCCUUGCUUUAUUUAAAGCUAACUCAAUUAAAUUAGAACAUCACGUUAUAUAAUUUAGAACAUCAUGUUAUAUAAUUUAGAACAUACAAAUAUCCAGAAUUUUAUUUCAUUUAAUUACAGAAACUCUCUAAAAAUUUGAUUUAAUA